AUGGCGGGGGCGCCGGGGGAGGCGGCGGCGCCGGCGGCGCGGCUGCAGCAGCUGUACCGGGGGCUCCUGGCGCCGCUGCGCCUGGCCCCCGCGCCGCCCGGCCCCGCGCCGCCCGCCGGCCCCGCGCCCCCCGCCGCCCCGCCGCCCGGGGGGCUGGAGGCGGAGCUGUGGCGGCGCCUGGCGGCGGUGCGCGGGGAGGCGGCCGGGCCGGCGCGGCAGGCGCUGGCGGCGCUGGUGCUGGCCGAGGCGGGGCGGGCCUGGGCCGAGGCGGGCGCGGCGCCCCCGGAGCCGGCGCUGAGCCCCGCGCAGAACCGGGCGCUGCGGCACCGCCUGGCGCGCUACCUGGGGCUGGCGGCCCGGCGCCUCCUGGGCCACUACCUGCGGCGGGCGGCCCCGCGGCCCCGGCCCGCGCUCCCCGAGGCCGCCCGGCUCCAGGCGCUGGCCGCGCAGCUGGCCCUGGACUGCGCCCGCCUGCUGGACGCCCGUGCCGUGCGGCACCGCCUCGUCACCCACCUGAGGGCCUCCCGGGCCCGCCACGGCCGGCCGGACCGGGGCCGGGCAGCCCCCACGGCCUGGCCCCGCCGCGUCCCCCGCGGCCGCCUGGGCCUCACCAUCCACCAGCUCAUCCGGCUGAGCGAGCCCCAGCGCCCCCAGCCCUGGCGCCGCGUGGCCCGGGAGCUGCAGGAGCUGGCCACCAUCCCGCCGCUGGACCUGGGCCGCGCCUACGCGCUGCUGCCGGCGGCGCUGGGCAGCGCGGAGCUCCGCGGGCGGCGUCAGCCCAGCACGGCGGGCACCACGCCCCGUCCGGCUGCCCCCCGGCAGCCCCCGCGCCUGGCCCGGAGCCGCUCGCUGCCCAGCCUGCGGGACGGCCAGCGGCUGACGGACGAGCUGGGCCUGCACCUGGCGCCGCGGCCGCUCACGCCCAUCGUGUCCCACAACCCGCUGGAGCGCCGGCCCCCCACGCCCCGGCGGGAGCUGGCGCUCCUCACCCGCGACCUGCACCGGCUGAGCCACCGGCCUCGGCACCGCCGGGGCAGGGACAUGGAGGACGCGGAAAUACCGCCCCUGCUGGCUGCGCUGACGCGGCGCCCGGCCGACGAGGACCGGCUGCAGCAGCUGCAGGGCACGCUGGCCCGGCUGGAGGCCGAGGAGGCGGCCGAGCGGCAGCGCCGGAGGCAGGCCGCCGUAUCUGUGCCACCCACCACCCACGGAGGCCUGCGUCCCAGCCUGGAGGCUCAGCCGGCCCCCCCGCAGCUGCCGGGCUGGGUCCCCGCAGACCUGCUGCGGUAUGGCCCCCUCUACAACGACAUGCUGGGGGAGAUCGACGCCGCGACAGUGCAGCGGCUGGACGCCGACCUGGUUGCUGGGACCGAGGAGCGGGAGAUCUACGCCGAGCUGAUGAAGGACCUGUUCUCCCAGCCGCCGAGCUUCGACCUGGGGCCCGUGGUGGCGCCGGCCCCCCCUGGCCUGGACCUGAGUGGCUACCUGGCCUCCCGAACGCUGAGCCGGUGCAAGGAGGAGCAGGUGGUGAACACGGAGCUGAGCCGUGUCCUGGCCGACGGGGCCCUGAGCCCCGAGGGUGUACCCGCCCUGGAGCCUACACUGCAGCACACCGGGGCCUGGCGCCAGUGGUGGGAGAGCACGGUGCUGCCCGAUGAGUACUUGAAGUUCCUCGCUGUCCAGGACUCCGACUUCCUGCAUGUCGUCUUCCAGCUGUACGACAGCAAGUCAUGCCCACUGCCCUCCCUGGAGCCAGCACCGUGGGCCCCCACGUCCCCACUGCCGCUGCGGCGGGAGCCCACGCGCCACACUCCCAUCGCCCAGCCAGAGGAGCACGUGCCCGGGCUGUGGGAUGCCACCUCUGCCCUAGUGGACCAGAGCCAGGAGUGCCAGCCUGAGGACCUGGGGCCACUGCAGAGGCGCUUAGAGCGGCUCUGGACCGCGCUACGCUUCCCCGACCGGGAGAAGCUGGACAUGGCUGUCAAAUACAGCUCUGGCCGGGCCCGUACCCAGCUCCCAGCCGCGCUGGAUGUGUGGGAGCAGGCGGCCAAGGCCAUCCAGGAGCGGGAGCUGCUUCUGGCCGAGCUGGAGGCCCUGGAGCAAGCCGCUUCUGAUCCCAACCGCUUCUUUGCACGGGUGCCCGCCGCCUUUGUGGCCCGUGCCUGGGAGGCCCGUAUGCGGAGCCGGCUGCAAGCCGCCAUGGCUCCGCACGAGGCUGAGCUCAGAGCCCUCCUGCCCCGCAUCCGGCGACGCUUUGGGGACACAGUGACCUACCGGGGCCGGCCCUACCUGGAGAAGCUGCGGUGGGACAAGGUGGAGAUGCUGUACUGGCUGCAGCAGGAGCGCCGUGCCCGCUGCCUGGGCCGGGGGGGCCGGCUGCCCAGGCUCCCGCCCCUGGCGCAGGUGGGUGGAGGCACCAUGCUCCCUCCUUCGCCGCAGUGACAGGGGCAACUGGGCCAGAGAUGUUGUUGGUUGGCGUCCCUAAAGCCUGCUGGGCACAUGCCAAACUGUCAAUAAAUGCACUGAAAAUGCCAA